GUACAUCUCCACCUCCAUUGUCAACUUCCCCUCUUUCCUGCCUACGGAUCAAAAGAAAUAAAGCAAACAAAAAAACCUCAAGAAAUAUCCACCAUAUACAUGGCUUCCUUACAAACUUCAGGUCUUCUAUUCUCUUCUUCUUCCACAAGGGUUUCUUCAAAAAGAAUAAAUGCUGCCAUUUCUGUUCCUAAACUUCCAAAAAUUCGUUUCCCAGUUCCAAAAGCACCGUCUAGAAGCUUUGUUGAGGAACUGAUUUUAAGUGAUGCAUUUACAAACACCGUUCCUGUAGAAAAGUUCGUCACCACUACAACAACAAUAGAUGAACCUUUCAUCGAUUCUGCUACUAAUUCUAAGACAACAGCCGAGCUUUAUGCCAUCUUAGAGGCUGUUGCUGAUAGAGUUGAGAUGCACAAAAACAUCGGAGAGCAACGUGAUAAUUGGAAUAAACUUCUUUUGAACUCCAUUAAUAUGAUUACUCUCACUGCUACGACCAUGGGUGGGGUUGCGGCAGCUGGUGGUGCAGGUGUUCCUCUUUUGGCUUUGAAGCUAUCAUCAGCUCUUUUGUUCACUGCUGCUACUGGGAUGUUACUUGUAAUGAACAAAAUCCAGCCUUCACAGCUCGCAGAAGAGCAACGUAAUGCCACAAGAUUGUUUAAACAGCUAUACAGCAAGAUACAAACUACACUUGCUCUUCAUGACCCCACUGAGAUAGAUGUGAAAGAUGCAAUGCACAAGGUUUUGGCUCUUGACAAGGCUUACCCACUUCCUUUGCUAGGGAAAAUGAUUGAGAAGUUUCCUGAAAGAUUUGAACCUGCAGUUUGGUGGACAAAAACUAAGGAUUUCCAAAGAAAAAGCACAAAAAAAGGAAAGAAUAACGGAUGGAGCCAAGACCUUGAAAUAGAGAUGCGAGAGGUUAUUGAAGUGAUAAAAAGAAAAGAUAGUGAAGAUUAUAUGAAAAUAGGAAACUUGGCAUUAAAGAUAAACAAGAUUUUAGCCAUCUCAGGUCCACUGCUCACUGGCAUUGCAGCUGCUGGAUCUGCAUUUGCAGGCAAUGGAUCUUGGGCUGCAAUAGUGGCAGUGACUGCAGGGGCAUUAGGUAGCACGAUUAAUACAUUCCAGCACGCUGGUCAAGUUGGUAUGGUGGUUGAAAUGUACAGACAGUGUGCUGGAUUCUUCUCACUUUUGGAGGAAUCAAUUGAGUCUACCCUGGAAGAAACUGAUUUGGAGAGAAGAGAAGAUGGAGAAAUGCUUGAACUGAAGGUGGCUUUACAGCUAGGAAGAAGCUUGUCAGAGCUUAGAGAUCUUGCCAACAAAUCUUCUUCUUCUCGUACGGAAGGAAUCGACAUAGAUGAAUUCGCUAGCAAACUCUUUUGAUUAUAAGUCCAUAACUAAUCCUUAUUUGUUCAUUCUUUUUCAUGACAUUUGUAAAUCAUAUGAUAUAUAAUAUAUAGGAAAUGUUUAUACUCAAAAUUUUCUGUUUCUUCUCAACCUGUAUUACCAAAAAGAAAAGACAUAGAGGUUUUCUUUUUCU